UCCAUGUGAUUCAAAUCAUUCAAAUGGGAUGUCAAGAUGGAUUCUUUGGCAAAGAAACACCCAUAAGUGAACUUGAAUAUUGAAGUCACAAAGGAUCCCUAAUCCAGGUCAUUGAAAGGUGGACGACCAAUGACUAAUGAAGAUUAGAUUGCAAGUAGAUUACUUAGUUCCGUUUCUUGAAAUAGAGUGACUGGUCGUCAGAAUCUUUUGCAUAGAUACUUAUUGGAUCUUGUAUCGGAUUGACCAUGAGAACGCUUUAAGAGAUUAAAGUCAUGUCAUAGGUAGUUCUCAUUAAUGGUGAUUAGAAACCGUUCCUCAGAACAUGAGCGAUUAUGUCUGCUCGUUUGAGAAUUAGUUCGCUUUGAUACUAGCUAAACGUCGCACCGUAAAAGGAGGCUAUAAAAGCAGUUAUUGGGCGUACUAUGAAUCAAAGUGAGUGUUCAUAGAUUGCAAGAACAGAUUGUCCUCCUAUCUUUGAUAGGAUAUGGUGUUGUUGUGUAACAAGGCCUCUCGGAGAGUUAGAUACUGUAAAAUGCAUGGCCGUGCUCAGAAUGGUUAGGCUUAACCUUCUGCAAAAGUUUGACAGUUGAACUCUGUAAUCCGAGAAACACUUCUGGACCUAAUAAGGAUGACUUGGAUCUUACCUUAUGUUCAGUAAGUAACACUAAGCGACAAAGGAAUGUGGAUGCACACUUGUCUGAAUGACAAGUGGGAGAUUGAAGGAAAUAUGUCCUUCACCCAAGGUGCAUUAAGUCUAAUACCAAGGUUCAGAUUAAUUGCGAAUAAUUAAUUCAGUAAGAUCAAGUGAUCGGAACAGCUAGCUGGAGCAAUGCUACCGAUCAGUGAGUUCUAAUGGAUAUUGAACUCACAACUUACUCUUGACUGAACCUACAAGGUCACACCAAUGACACGUAACAGAUCACCGGAUUAAAUGAAUCGGAAAUUCAUUUAAUAGCUUUUCGGGAUUUAAGUUGGAAACGUAUUAUACGAUACGACCUUGCAUCGGAAUCGUUUAUCGUAUCGCGAAUAUUCGUAAGCUAGGCGAAACGAAUAAAUCGUAUCGUACGACGGUGAUUCUUCGUAUACGAAACGAUAAAUAAUAUAUCGAAAAUAUAUUAAACGCGAAUACGAAGGGCGGCCCACGAGCCUAGUGCGCAAAGCACUCGAGGCCCCUGGGCGCGCUAGGCGAGCGAGAAAAAGGCCAAGGCAACACGGCAGCGCUAGGCCCAUGGCCGAGCAUGGUUGUGCGUGUGCGCGCGGGCCUGUGCAGCGACACAGCCACAACAAGCGAGGCCCAUGGCCCAGCGCGCUGUGCUUGUCGCACGCACGGCUUGCUGGCCGGCCUUGCCUACGGGCUUGGUCGGUUUAGUAAGGUUAUGUAAAUAACCUUAUGACCUAAUUUCCAACUUACUGCAAUCACAAUUCAGAUUACACACAACCCUAGGAGAAAACAGAGAACCCUAAUUCUCUCUGUGCCUCCAUAGUGUGUUCAUCCCAAAAGCAAAUCUCUUGAUCGAUUGUCUAAGCUACGAUAAUCAAGACGGAUAUGAUUGUAUUGGUGAACCAAGUAGAGGAACAGCAAGUGGACUUCUUUGUUCGUGUUCGUUGAUAGAUUAUUGUGGAAAACACGCUUCGAAUGUAAGUUUGCUUAAUCUGUGCUUUAUACAUGUUUCCUGGCUUUGGGGAUUGUUCCGCACAUGUUAUUAUGUUUAACUGUAUUCCCCUACAUGAUGAACCCUGGAACCCCAAAAUCGACCUCCUUCGUGGCGAGUCAGUCCUUACUGAUGACUGCAAAGGAGGUGGUUGUAUGGGUUGGAGGGCUUUGAAGAACUUGGCCACUCCACGUGACAAUCCUGCAGUUGAGAUUGACGCGCCGGCUGCCCAGCAUAUGAACGACUUGUAUAAGGCGUGCAACUCUGCAGUGGAACUUGUGAAGUUAUACCUCUGCUACCAGGAGGAGAAUGAGGCCCUCAAGAAAAAACAUGCUGAUUUGGAUAAGCUGAUGGGUGAUGCCAAGCGUGACCUGGAGCAGAAGUCAACUGAGCUGGAAAGAGUGAAACGACGCAACAAAGAGUUGGAGAAUGUUGCUAACAAACUGGCUGCAGAGAAGAUCAAGACCAAAGAGCUGUCCGAGAAAUUGCAGGAGGCUGAUGAGAAGGCCAAAGCUGCUUACAAAACCGGUGCUCGAGUUGGUGCCUUGCGUUUUUCUCGGUCACAAACCUAUAGCAAGCGUAUCACGGAUAGCCAUAACGGUGGUUGGUUUGCUACCCAUCGUUGUGGUGUUCAUGGUAUCGGCCUUACCAAAGAGGAUUGUGCGGAUAUCGAGUAUGCUUUUCUUGUGGAGGAGAAACACAAGAAACCGACUGGUUAGGAGACACAGAUCUUCCCUGAGGAGAUAAUUCAGAAUGUUGAUCCCUUGACUCACCCUCCAAUCGAACUGAAGGAAGAAGAUUACCUGGAUCCUGCCAUGUUGUCUUCCAGUACCAACCAAGCGGGUCGUUCACAAGAUUGAAGAUGCGGGCAGUCAUCACCUAGGUCAUCCUGCGAUUCAUCUGGCGUUGUUAUUUUUAUGACUAGUUUGUAACGCCCUUUUGGUAUCAACUGUUUGUGGCACCUUUUGCCUUGAGAUAUUUUAACUUGUUUGUAUAAACGUUUUAUUUGGUA